UCUGAAGUAAUGUUCCAGGAGUAGUCAGUAAUACGUAGAAAAGAAUCUCUCACCGACGACGAAGACCGUAGAGUACAUUUCUUAGACUUCUCUCUCUUCCUCACACCUCACUUACUCUCACUCUCACACAAUUUCUAUUGCGCUUCUCUACAGGAAUCACUCACAUUGUGAGAGAGAAGAACAUUUGACUCAAGAAACUUCGGAAAUUUCUUUUGGUUUGUCCUCUCAGGUGCAGUGAUGAAAUUACAAAACCCAGAUAAGGAAUCUAGUGUAGUGGCUUUAGAUUCUGGAGCUUUAGCUAUGAGUGGUUUCAAAUGCGAUGGGAAAUUUCCGGUGAAGGAGGUAUUAAUGGAAGAAGAAGACGAAGGUGGUGAUAAAGUGAGGAAGAUUGAAGUUUCUGGGGAAAUAUAUCACUUAGAAGAUGAAACUCAGGAGUUUCUUGUUGGGAAUCUUGUAUGGGUGAUGACUAAAUACAAGAAAUGGUGGCCAGGAGAAGUGGUUGAUUUUAAAGCUGAUGCAAAGGAGAGUUUUAUGGUUAGGUAUAUUGGUCAGAGCCAUCUUGUUUCGUGGUUUGCACCUUCGAAGUUGAAGCCUUUCAAGGAGAGCUUUGAGCAAGUGUUGAAUCAAAGAAACGAUAAAGGGUUUUUUGAUGCGGUAGAGAAAGCUAUGACCUUGUUGAGCAACUCGUUGAAACUUGAUAUGACUUGUUCUUGCAUUGCUGAUGGGAAUGGAAUAGUGUCAGCAAAAAAUGUAACAACUAGGAAGAACAAGCCUUUGAUACUGCGUGAAUUCUCGGUAGAUCGGUUGGAACCAAAAGAGUUUGUCACCCAGCUGAAGAAUAUGCGAAAUAUACCAAUGGGCCAACUACAUGAAAAUGAGGGUAGGAAAAGUUUCACUGCGAAGAUGAAUGACAGUCAGUUCAUUGGUUCUCCAUCCAUUGCUGCAGGUAAUAGCAGGAAGAGGUUUCGGAAAGAAUGGUUUAGGAAAUUUGUAAGCGAGGUUGAUAAUGUAUCUGCGAGAGACGAUCUAGUAAAUGUGCCUCCUUCUGAUUUGAUAACUAAACUAAAGCUGCUUGCUGUGGACUCCAAUUGUUCAGAAGAGACUGAAAAUAUUGGUCUCUUUGAGUGGUUCUUCUCCAAAUUCAGAAUUUCUGUGUAUCAUGAUGAAAAUGCUUACAAGAUGCAGUUGGCUAACAUGGCUGGUUUCAAGGAUUUGAUGUUAGCUACAAAUGCAAAUCGUGGUACUGUUCAGAAAACCUCAAAGUCAAAUAAAAUAGGGAAGUCAAAGAUUGAGCCUCUCAACGGUGUUUCAGUUGCUGAUACUGAGCAGAAGACCUUCGAGUUGAAGAUAUCAGAGAAGUUAAAGAUCGAAUCCCUUAAUGGUGUUUCAACUCCAAAUAUUGAGCACGAGGCCUCCAAGUCAAAUAAUUCAGGGAAGACAAAGAUCAAUCAUAUCAUUGGUCACUCAAAUUUUUCUAAUUCUGUUGCAAAUGAGCAGUUGGCGAAAGAUUUUCAAGACAAACUGUUGGUACAAGCUCCAGACGGGAAAGCUACUACGGCAGAUACACUCAACAGACCUGCUGUUACACUUGUACCGGACCUGAACAGCGGAGGCGAUGCUUUGGGUACUGCAGAAUUUGACCGUAUGCAAAGACCUGAGACUUUAAUUCAGCAUAAUGUCUGCCCACAAGAGGAGAAGACACCAAGAUCUACGAUGCUUAACUUUCAGGUGACAGCUCCGUGUUCAACCUACGGAGUCUCAGGAACUCAGUUUGUUUCUAGCCAGCCAACUUCGUUCAAACACUUCACGAGUGCAGACCUUUUCACUAGUUCAGGGAAGAAAAAGAGAGGAAGGAAGAGGAAGAAUGCAGAAGAGCUUCCAAUAGUUGCACAAGCCACUACUGGGAUACCUGACUUAAAUGGAAUAAAUACAGAGCCAACUUUGGUUCUGCCUCAAGUUGAACCUACUCAGCGCAGAAAACAUCGGAAGAAAGAGGAGUCACCUAAUGGAUUAACCAGAGGAAUCACAAUUCUCUUCUUGAAAUUUUCCUCCCAAGUGUCAAUGCCUUCAAGGGACGACCUAACCUCAACAUUCUCUGCGUUUGGCCCGUUGGAUUCUUCCGAAACACACGUUUCAGAAGAAUUUAGUGGUGCGCAGGUCGCCUUUGUGAGUAGUGCCGACGCGAUAGAAGCAGUUAAAAGCUUAGAGAAAGCUAACCCAUUUGGUGAGACCUUAGUGAAUUUCAGGUUACAGCAGAAACUGAUAACCGUUCAAAGGAACAUUGCCCCGCGAAGGCCGGUAAUCUCACAUGUUAGUCCAAUUCCGAAACCGAACAAUAUACCAACGAGUGUGGAUUCAAUGAGGCAGAAUCUUUUGAUGAUGACAGCAAUGCUGGAGAAAUCCGGGGAUAGUUUAUCAAGAGAGACAAAGGCAAAACUGAAAAGCGAGAUCACGGGGCUUCUGGAAAAGGUUAGUUCUAUGCCGAGCUCUUCUUCUUCCUGAAAAAUCCCUAACAUACAUCAAUGCGAUCAUCUCAGGCUUUCUAAUGUACCAUGUGUUGUAACUUAUGUGUACCAUCUUAUGAAUUGGGUUCUUGUGUUUUUCAGUCUUUAGUUUAACGGUAGUUCUAGAAUAAGAUUAGAUAAUAGAA